CAUAAUUCUAAAUCAAACUAAGCUUUCCAUUUCCAUCUCCAUCUCACUUUCACCUGCAAAAAAAAACUUGACAAAAAUCAGGGACGAUCUGUGAACACAGUAGAAGAAAAACAUAAAUUCAUCAGCAAUGGCAAGUCGUAUAGUUUUGUUGAUUGUUGUUGCAGCAACUGUUUUCCAAUGUGCAACUGCACAAACAUCACAUGUCGUCGGAAACAGCUUAGGAUGGAUCAUCCCUGCAUCUCCAUCUGUUUACUCCACUUGGGCUUCUAAGCAAACAUUCAAAGUUGGCGAUUCUCUUGUAUUCAAUUUCGCCGCCGGAUUGCACACAGCUGCUGAAGUAUCCAAAGCAGAUUACGAUAGUUGUAACGCGGCAGCUACCCCAAUCGGUUCACUUUUAGCCGCCAGUCCAGCAACAAUCCGUCUCGCAACAGCCGGAAACCAUUACUACAUUUGCACAGUUGGUGGUCACUGUUCAGCUGGUCAGAAGUUGUCCAUCACUGUUGCCUCCGGUAGCGCCGCCGCCACUCCCCCAGCUGCCGCUCCUGUUGCCGCCGCUCCUACUCCAGUUGCAACUCCAACUCCAGUUGCCGGAGAUACUCCAGCAGCAUCUCCUACUCCAGUUGCCUCCCCCGUCCCUUCACCAUCAACUAGUCCUGUUUCUACUCCUGCAAUGAGUCCUGACAUGUCACCAUCACCUUCCACAAGUGCCAUCACACCAUCAAGCGGUCCAGCGACUCCAGCUCGAGCAUCAACCAGUGCCGGCGGUCCCGGUGUCCUUGCUGAUUCACCAGCAGGCUCCGCCCCAGCAGCUGCUCCUCCUUCUAACUCUGCAAUCUCCGUUGCUGUUAGUGGUUUCUCAUUAGUUGCUUUGUUGUCUGCUUUUUUCAUGUAGAGACGGACAUUUCUCAAUUACUCCUAGUGGGUUUUGUUUAUGCGUAAUUACAUAUUAUUGGUGGUUGAAGUGCUGAUUUUCAUCAGAGUUGAGAGAGAUAUUAAUUACGAGCACAUGUAUUAUGAUUGUCAUUAUUGUUAAAUUAAUGUGAUUCAUUUGAAAUAAAUAUUGGGUUCUCUAUCAA